UGGUGAGUUGAAUGGUGCGGGUCGGUCGUCUUUUUUGUUAAUUGCGUUUGUUUUGAUAAAAUAGAGUAUAAAGGAUGAUAAUGGUUUAACAUCAAGUUUUCGAAUAGCAUUUGACCAGUGAAAAAUCGGUAAAAGACGCAGUUUGUCUUGAUCGGCUUUUUCGCAAGCAAAUCAAAAUGAAUGAUACAGGUUGCAUUCACUUAAACAACUUUAAGGCCGCUAAAGGCACCAAUCCGUAUAAAAUUAUCCAUGCAUUUUUUGUGUCGUGCACAUCCUUUGAAGCUAGAAGAUACAAGGCUACUUCAUGUCUCUGUUUUGCUUGUGGUCAACCUGGACCAAGAAUGCAUUCAUGUUUACAUUGCAUAUAUUUUGCAUGUUAUGGUGGACAUAUUCAAGAGCAUUCCAAAACUAAAAAGCAUUUUCUUUAUGUUGAUUUGAGCUAUGGAAAUGUUUAUUGUGCCCAGUGUCAAGACUACAUUUAUGAUCGAGAACUAACUGAAAUUGCAAUGUCACAUAGAUUGAAGGAAGCUAAGUCGUUGGGAAUGUGUGUCCCAUUUACUCCUUGGAUCCCUAACAAUAAUGAAGCUAUGGCGCUUCGACGAUUACGUAAGAGACGUAUGAUAGGCCCACAUACAACCAUUGGUCUACGAGGAUUACAAAAUCUGGGAUCCACAUGCUUCAUGAAUUGCAUUGUCCAAACAUUAAUUCACACGCCAUUGCUGAGGGAUUAUUUCCUGGGCGAGAAGCAUAAAUGCAAAGCGCAAAGUUCGGGAAAGUGCCUCGUGUGCGAGGUUUCAAAGCUGUUUCAGGAAUUUUACUCGGGCGCAAAAACACCCUUGACGUUACACCGUCUUCUUCACUUGAUAUGGACUCACGCACGCCAUCUUGCCGGCUACGAGCAACAGGAUGCACACGAGUUCUUCAUAGCCACACUUGACGUGCUUCAUAGACACUGCAUGAAUGGAGUCGAGGAUAAUGGGGAGAAGAAAGAGAAUGGCCGCUGCAAUUGCAUCAUUGAUCAGAUAUUCACCGGAGGAUUGCAGAGUGACGUUGUGUGCACUUCUUGUUCUGGAGUUUCUACCACUAUAGAUCCAUUCUGGGAUAUCAGCCUGGAUGUUGCCGGUCCUGGCUCCCUCCAAGCCUGUCUGGAACGCUUCACUCGCGCCGAACACUUAGGCUCCGCUGCCAAAAUCAAAUGCUCGAAUUGUCGGGCUUACCGCGAAUCCACGAAACAAUUGACCCUAGAAACACUGCCAAUCGUCGCCAGUUUCCAUCUGAAACGAUUUGAGCAUUCCUCGCAAAUAGAUAGAAAAAUAUCGGCUUUCGUUUCGUUCCCCGCUGAGUUAGACAUGACGCCAUUUAUGUCGUCUCACCGCAGGGCUGUCGAUGCGGCCGAUAAUAACAAUGCACCCGAAGGGAUUUUUGAAGAUAAUAGAUACUCAUUGUUCGCCGUGGUGAACCAUCUCGGUUCGUUGGACGCGGGGCACUACACCGCGUACGUCCGCCAGAUGAAAGGCAGCUGGUACAAAUGUGACGAUCACAUGAUCACACGGGCCUCGCUGAGGGAAGUGCUGGAUAGUGAGGGAUACCUGCUCUUCUACCACAAGACCGUUCUGGAAUAUGAGUGUGACGUCUCCUAAAUUGUACCAUAUAUAUAAUGUGUAAUGCGCAAAUUUCAAUCAAUUAUUUAUUAUCAUGAUUUUGAAUUUGGAAUGUGUCAGCUGUAAACCUCUUUUUUAAUUUAUGACCAUCAUGUCUUUCAGUCGACAUCAAAGAACAAAGUUUUGCCAUUUAAUAAUUUGUUAAUUUCCAAUCACAUUUUUAAUUUUGAAUUUAUUAGUAAUAAGUUAAUAUUCUACAGUGUCUGCAUAUUUUUAAUGUGUAAUAUAUUCAAGGGAGUUUAAGAAAUAUUGUAAUCCAUCUUUAAAUUUACGCUUAGAAUUUUUUUUCUACAAUAGCUCGAUAGAAAUACAAGGUGAUAUUUUCAUACCAACGGUACACUGACAGAUCUAUUAAUAUAAACAAUACAUGAGAAAUUACCAUUUUUACAAUGAAAAACCACAGAUGAAACAAAGCUUGUAUAUGUGUAUGGUUAAAGUUUUGUCAACGCUGAUUUGUGUUGAAAACUGAACUCUAUUAUCGUGAUAUUACGGUGUAGAAUACAAUAGCAUAAGAAAUUAAUUCUGAGCGUUUAACAAAAUUUUUAAAUAGCUCUAAAAAUGCUGUAGUCCCAAACAUUUAUCCAUUCUCUAGAAAAAAAAAAUGUGAAAAGUUUCCGCUUUUCAAUUGCUCAAUAUCCGUAACCUGUUUGUUUCUAACGAAUUUGUUAGUUUAUAAGCUUACUCUAUGGACUGAACGUUUCUCAUCUAUUUUCGCUUCUUAUUCGCUUUAUUGACUAGUGAUGAUGUUGCCAGUCAUAAAUUUAAAUUUCUGAUUAAAACCUGGCAAAAGGAUUAUGAAAUCUAAACACAGGUGACACCACGUUUGACUGAUCGCAAUUUGGAGGUGAUUUUAAAAGAAUUACAACUUAAGAAUUUGACAGAUUCGUAAUAAGUACCUAUGAUAUGUCAGAACUUAAAGAGCGAACAAUAGCCACUAAAACCUGGAGUACUGCCAAUUUCAUUCCUGUGUACUAAGGCGGUAUAUAGCUUCAUCUUAGUAUAUAAUACAUAUGUGGUAGGAUACUAGUGUACUUUAUUCUAACCAUAGACGUCGUGCAAGCUCUAUCCUUCUGAUUUUUUAAAUACACAACCAGUUGUAUACCAAUUAUACGAUAACAUAGACGACUUGAUUAAAAUCUCAUUUGAUGACAAAUAUUUAGUCUUCACAUCACUCAUCUAGUACUACCGAUACGCGCAAAGACUUGACACUUACAUCUGUCAAAGUCAGCGUUGUGUUGCAAAUUACAUACAACACAGAUUAUUUUAAAAAAGUUUAUACUACAUACGAUUACAUAAAUGUGUUAGUUUUAUAAAAUCGUGAAAUAAUUAAGAUAAAAACUCAAGUAUAAAUAUUGACAGUUUUCAUAUUACUAGUACAUUGUUGACUAAAAUAACACAGGUUAUUUCAGAAAAAUUAAAAAAAAAUGCAAUUUAUGUCCUUAAAUGUUUAUAGAUAAUACGGAAAUUUAAAACUUUGAUAAGUUAAUUACAUAUACCAUUUUGACGUGCUUUCGCUAGCUAUAUAUGUAUAACAUUUGAAUGGAUUUAGAACAAACUAUGCUUAAUCUACCUCGCUGUUCAUCGUUUGCAUUAUAAUAGCGUACUAUUAUACCCGCCAAACCUCGAACAAUUGAAUUACGUAAAAACAAAAUGUUUCAUUUAGAUAAAUAAUUUUAGUAUAAAAAUUUAAUAGUAAAAACAAAAGUUAGGAUUGGGCUCUAUUGAAAAAAAUCUUCGUUCCUGAAGAAAAAGAGGAAAAUCUACUAAAAAAAAUCAAAUACAUGCGGCCACGCAACUUAAAAUCUAUAUAAUAAAUGUAUGACACGGUGGGUUUUUAAAUUAAUAUCUAUGCCUUUUUCGAAAAAUAACACCAUAAAAAAGCAAGAGAUUGGCUUAUACAAAAUUAUGUGGUUUUCAGCUUCAUAUUUCAUUAGAGAAUGUGUUCAUAAAAUAAUUUUUGCGUUGUACAAUCGCUUUGUGUAGUUAAAACUUGACUGAACUGACAUUAGUUUGUGAUAUUUAAUAUUUAUGUGUAUGUGAUGAGUAGUCGUAACAAUUUCCUAAUAGACUAUAGGUUAGCUGACUUUUUAAUUUGACAGAUCCGAAGGCCUUUGAUUUCAAAACGAAUAUAACACGUUAAUUGACAACCUUUACCGCAAAUAAAAUUAAUUUAAUAUGCAAUUUGUGACCAAUACAAUUAUAAUUUUUCAAUUUUCAGAACACCGAUUGUUAAGCGGUACUUGUAUAAAAGGUUUUUGAUAAAUUUUAAUAGGCCACGGACGCAUCUCCUGACAGUUAAGAUAUUUUCCGCAUUUGUGUUCAUCUAACGUAUCAAAAAAAACAUUAAGGUGUAUCUCUUGAUAAAAUUCUUGAUUUUAAUUCGAUGUUUGGAUCUGCUACAGAUAUUAACAAUAUAGAUUUGUAAACGAAAAUAUUACUAUUAUAGAUUUAAAAAAAAAUUGACUUGAAAUGUAAAGAUAGUUUGUUUUUGGUGCAACUUUAUUAAAAAUUUUGUGUUUCUAUAUCAAAGGUUAGCCGUAAGAUAAGCUUUAGAAGUUAGUUAUGUACGCUAUUAUUGAAUUAUUUGACUUGAUUUUCUUACAUUUUUAAAUAGAGACAGUUCUAUUUCUUCUAUUUUAUACAGGACCGUCAACAAUUGUGCAAUCAGCGCCCGUACUCUGUAACUUUACAGCGAUACCCAUUCUCACCUUGUUGUUAGUCGCAAUCUUGAGGAACAAAGAUUCGUUGAGUUCCGAAUCGCGGUAGAAUCACAGAUUAGGGUAAAAAACCGCCUUCACGGGUGAGGCGAGGACCUUUACUUCGCACUUCGCUCACUCCCGUGAGCUUCCGUCCUGCCCUUCAGGCGAUUGACCACCCCGCGACGGCCC